AUGAAUUUUCAACGUCGCUGUAGAGAUUGCGUGGCGCAGAAUCAAGUCUCGCAGGCCAUGGACGGAUCCAUGUCGCAGGAAGUGACCAACCACUUGUUCCAGGACUCAGGCAAGAACUGGGGACUCGAUCUGGCCGCGCUCAACAUGCAACGCGGCAGAGAUCACGGCAUUCCGUCCUACAACGCCUUCAGAGAACGCUGCGGAUUGAAGAAGGCCGACAGCUGGAGGGACUUGGCCGACGCCUUCACCAACGACACGCUGAAACAUUUCACUUCGAUUAACGACUCGCCGGACGACAUCGACUUGUGGACGGCCGGAGUGUCGGAGCGUCCCCUGACUGGCAGCAUGGUCGUACCCGUUUUCGGAUGCAUCAUCGGCGAAUCCUUUCGAGAUUUGAGGGCCGGCGAUUGA